GGGGGCGUCCUGACCCUGGUGGCUGGGCCGGAGCGUCUCGCCUCGUCCGCUCGUCCUGACAGAGAGCUCGCGUCUCCUCCAGCUGCCCUCACGCCCGACCGACGGACCCCGGAUGGGUCGCUAACCCUGCCCUCCCUAGCUCCAGAAUCCCCGCUUCGGGGCCCAGUCCCGCGGGGCCGGGGCGCUGACCUGGUUCCCGGUCUGCGCCUCCCCCUGCCCCGAGACCCCAGACCCGCAGCUCAGACCCUGUGACGCAGCUCUGCACGCCCCCCUGGGCCCCGGGGCGCAGGUGGGACCCCACAGUGAGCAGCCCCCCUGGGAGAGCGGCUUUGGGGCUGCUGGGCCAUUCUGUCUGCCUUUCUGUACCCCUUCUGUGACUGCCUGUCCGUCCGUCCGUCUGUCUCUGUCUGUCGGGAACUCUCCCCACUCUCCUGCGCUCCCAGCCUCCCACCCAGGCCUGGAAGAAGUCUGAUUCCUUUCCUCUCAAAGCUGCUGCCCCCAGUGUGGUGGUGAGAAGAGCGUCCGCGGUGCCCCGGGGUUUCACUCUGCACGACCUCCCGUCCCUCCUCAGCUCCUUGGGGGGGGGGGGGUCCCGCAGCCCCCACCAUGAUGCCGGCCGGGGGACAGGAGAGUUCAUCCAGCAGCCGCCGGAGCCUGCCCUGCCCCUCGAAGAAUGGCAACGCAGACUGGAUGUCAGCACUCCAUCCCCGGCUCUGGGACAUCCCCCUGCACCACCUGGCCAUCCCAGGCAGCCACGACACGAUGACCUACAGCCUGAACAGGAGGUGCCCCAUCUCCCACACAGAGUCCCCGCUGCUGCAGCUGCUGGCCAGGGUGCUGCCCUGCGUCACCCAGCCCGCCGUGCUCAAGUGGUCGGUCACCCAGGUGCUGACCGUGACCGAGCAGCUGGAUGCGGGGGUGCGGUACCUGGACCUGCGGAUCGCGCACAUGCCGGACGGCUCCGAGAAGAACCUGCACUUUGUGCACAUGAUGUACACGGCCGUGCUGGUGGAGGACACGCUCACCGAGAUCUCCGAGUGGCUGGAGAGCCACCCCCAGGAGGUGGUCAUCCUGGCGUGCAGGAACUUCGAGGGGAUGACGCAGGACCUGCACGAGUACCUGGUCACCUGCAUCAAGAACAUCUUUGGGGACAUGCUGUGUCCCCGAGGGGAGGUGCCGACGCUGCGCCAGCUGUGGGCGCGGGGCCAGCAGGUGCUGCUCUCCUAUGAGGAUGCGGCCUCCGUGAGCAGGCACCGGGAGCUGUGGCCCGGCGUGCCCUACUGGUGGGGCGACCAGGUGAAGCCCGAGAAGCUCAUCUGCUACCUGGAGCACAUGAAGAGCUGCGGCCGCCCAGACGGCGUCUUCGUGGCGGGCAUCAACCUCACGGAGAACCUGCAGUACAUCUUGGCGCACCCGUCCCAGUCGCUGAGGAAGCUGACGCUGCGUGGCCUGCCGCGGCUGGGCGCCUGGGUGCGCGAGCAGAGCCCGGGGCCUGGCCCGCGCUGUGCCAACAUCAUCGCGGGCGACUUCAUCGGUGCCGACACCUUCGUCAGCGACGUCAUCAGGCUCAACGAGAAGCUGCUGGACUGCUGACCGCGGCCGCCCUCCCUCCCACCCCCUGGGCUGUGCGCAGAGAUCGGGCUCCUCGGACACAGUGGACCCCACAAC